CACGUUUUGUCUCUCGUGAAACUGAACAGCAUGGCAACUAUGGAAGCACGUAAAGUGAUUGUUUACGGAGGUAAAGGAGCUCUGGGUACAGCAUGUGUACAUCACUUCAGAGCUAAAAACUGGUGGGUUGCCUCUAUUGAUCUUAAUGCCAAUGAAGAUGCAAAUGCCAACGUUACUGUUCAGAUGACAGAGUCCUUCACUGAGCAGGCCAGCCAGGUGACAGCUGAUGUCGGCGAGCUGUUGGGUGAAGAGAAGGUGGAUGCCAUCUUGUGUGUGGCCGGAGGUUGGGCAGGGGGCAGUGCCAAAGCCAAAGCUCUUUAUAAGAAUGCUGAUCUGAUGUGGAAGCAGAGUGUGUGGACCUCCACGAUUUGCAGUCACCUAGCAACCAAACAUCUGCGAGAAGGUGGGCUGCUAACACUGGCAGGGGCUAAAGCAGCACUGGGCCCAACGACAGGUUGUAUUGGUUAUGGUAUGGCCAAAGCAGCAGUACACCAGUUGUGUCGGAGUCUAAGUGAAGAAAAAAGUGGUCUUCCCCAUGGGUCCGCUGCAAUAGCAAUACUUCCAGUUACUUUGGAUACGCCUAUGAACAGGAAAUUCAUGCCAGAUGGUGAUGUCAGUUCUUGGACACCACUAGAGUACAUAACAGAGUUAUUCUAUAAGUGGACUACAGGAAUAGACAGACCUCCUUCAGGAACCCUGAUGCAACUUGAUACUGCAGAUGGAAAGACGGUGGCUACACCAGUGCCAUGAUGGACAUAGCGUGUGUGCAAUUAACCUUCAAAAGACACAAUUGUUCACAAUACUGUUUGUGUGUGGCACUUUUUAUCUCAUUGCUUGUGUACUUGUAAAUAUGACAUCAAAACAUCAUAUGUUCUGUUCUUUAUAAAAAAAGUUAAAUACAUACAAUAGAAACGUUAAAGAGAGAUACAUAAGAUGAAAUAGCAAAGUAAUAUACAGUUUAGUUUUGAUAAGUUUUGCUUGUGCAACAUUUCAAGGUCUUUUUGAAUAACACUGGCUGCUUCUGACCAUAGGAGGGCGCUGAUGGUUAAUUUAAUUACAGGUUCUCUUUUGGGUCCAUGCAGUAAAAAUGUAAUUACGCUAUGAUCAGACUGGAAUAACAAGUCAGCAUUAAGAAAGAGUGCAUUUUAAUGUGCUAAAGUAAUGCAGCUUUUCUGUUUAUAAACUAGGCUUUAUUGUAACACAGUAUAAGUAAUUCGGGUAAUAAUAACGUGACAAAGAAGAAAGAAAAAGCUGCUAAUACAGUGUACACACUUUCUCAGUUUUUUUGUAAAUCAAUACUGAAGUGCUGGAGUAUAUGCUGCUGAUUUAUGGUACUGGCUUGAACUCUUGAUUUAGAUGAUACUGUAUCUGCAGCUUUGAAGCGUUUUAAAGAAAGAGUUCCUGCCAAAAUAAAUUUAAUCACCCUUAUGCAUAACUAAA